AUGAUAACAUAUUUUACAUUAAGAAGUUAUAUUAAGAGUGAUCAUAGUUCAGAUAGUAGAAUUACGUUUCAAACAGAAAUACAAAGACAUUUACAUUUAAUAAAAGAAACGUCUAAUAUACCAAUUGAUUGGCAAGAACCAACACCAGGACAAAUAACAGAAAAACAAUUACAACUUCAUUUUCCUCAACAAAUGAAUAAAAUAGAAUAUGGAAGAUUAGAUGAAUUAAUUGGAUUAGCAUGUAUAUCACCAACAAUAUAUAAAGAAUUUAUUUGGGGAUAUAGAUUAUUUGUUUCUACACAAGAAGUUUUAUUUCAAUUUUUACAAAGAUUUGAAAUUGCUACGUCAAUUAAUUGUUCAUUAAGUAAAAUAAUUAAAGCAAGAAUUGUAAGUAUUUUAUCAUAUUGGUCAACAACAAUUCUUCCUUUAUUACCUGAAAAAGAAAAACAAGACGCAUUAAAAUUAUUUCAUAUUUUUCUUCAAAGAAUGAAAGAUUAUGGAAUGAAAAAACAAGUCAUUUUAUUAGAAAAUCAAAUGAGAAGAGAAGUUAUUGUAUUUCUUUCACCAGAAAAUGUUAAUAAUAAAAUACGUCUUCCAUUUAGUUAUUUAUUAAAUCAAAAUAAAUUUAAAUUUAUUGAAAUUCCAUUUAAAGAUUUUUCAGAACAAUUAACAUAUAUUACAUCAUAUUAUUUUAGAUCAAUAAAAUUAUUUGAAUUAUUUUUAUGGAAUAAAUGUCAUGAUGAAUGUAAAACAUUAUUAAAAUGUAUUAAAGUUUUUAAUGCUAUUCAAAAUUUUUUUGCUAUUCAAAUUCUUAAUAAAAAAAAUAUUUUUAAACGUUGUAAAAUUUUACAACAUAUAAUUGAUAUUGCAUAUUAUUGUUAUACAUUACAAAAUUAUAAUAUUGUUGUUUGUAUUGUUUCUUUAUUUUCAACUAGUGCUAUUCAUAGACUUCAUAAAACAUUUAAUAAUAUCUCUUCUCUUCAUAAAAAUAAAUUCAACGAACUUAUUGAAAAAAAAUUAGAAGAAGUAAAACAUACUGCAUGUGUUCCAUAUAUUGGAUUAUUUUUAAGUGAUAUGUUAUUUACUACAGAUGGUAUUAAAACUCAAACUGAAGAUAAAUUAAUUAAUUUUAUAAAAUGUCAAAAAUUAUCUGCAAUAGCACAAAACGUAUUAUCUUUUCAACAAAAAUUAUAUCCUUUUAAUGCUAAUCCUAUUUUACAAAAAUAUCUCUUAAUUAUUUUUAAUGCAAAUGAAAUUGAAGAAAAUGAUAAAUUUGAAUUAUCAAGAAAAAUUGAACCUCAAAAUGGAAAAGAAAAAGUAAUAGAAAUUUAUGAUAAUUCUAUUAUCGAAGAAUAUAAAAUUAAAGAAAGAAAUGAUUUAAUUAAAAUUUCUUUUAUUUUAAAAGGAAUAAAAAGAGUAUUUUAUGUUAAUGAAAAGGUGAGUAUACGAGAUUUAUUAAUUAAUUGGAUAGGAUUAAAAGAAAAUGAUUUAGAACAAAAACGAAUUGUAAUAAUUAAGAAACAAGAAAUAAUAAAUAUUUCUUUAUUUACUAUUCUCUCUGAUAUUCAAAAUAAAUAUUUACAGUCAAAGAAUAUAAUAACAUUAUUAGAAAAAACAAAAUAUAUUAGAAUUAGAAAUAUUAAUUAUGAAUUAAAUAUUCCUUUAGAUACUUCUUUAACAAUGAAUGAAUUAAUUCCAAUUAUUAGUAUUUUAUUUGAUAUGGAAAUAAAUCAUUGUUUUAUUCAUUUAUUAAAUGGAAAACCUGAUAAUUUUAUUACUAUGAAUCUUCCUCUUUAUGAAUAUAUUACUAAUAUUUCAACUAUUCUUUUACUUCCUUAUUCUUCUUUUACAAAAGAUUUAAAAGACUCUUUUUUAUCUUCUUCGUAUUUCUAUCAUUAUCAAGUUAGUUCAAAUAAUUUACCUCUUCAAAUAGUUCAUGCUCAUCCAUUUAUUAUUUUAAAAUCUAGUAGUUUAUUUCAUAUUUUUCAUUUAUCUUCAAUUCAACUUAUUUAUCUUCCUUUAUUAGAUGAACUACAUUUAAUCACAAAAAAUGAUAUUUAUACUAAAAAUCAUCCUUUAGUUAUAACUUGUUCUCGAGAACUUUCUCAUCAAUUAAUUACUUUAUAUCAUCAAUCUCCGGCAUUAUGUGGUAUAAGUGUAGAAUAUCUUCUUCCAAAUUCUUAUGGAUUACAUAAACUAUUCUUCUCAUUAUGUGAAGCUAUUUAUUUGCAUCCUUCAUUCUAUAAUAAUAACUUUUUUAGUAACUUUGAUGUAUCAACUGCAUCAAAUUUAUUAAGAAAUUGUGAAUUAGGAAACAAUAUUGAUCUUUUUUCUGCUUCAAGCUCUGAACUAGUAGGUGCUUUAUUUUUAUAUUUAUCAUCACUUGAAGCACCAUUAUUUGGUCAUUUAUCUGAUUGUUCAUGUUCAUCAUUAGUUCAUGACUCUUUGAUUGAUGCGAGUUUGCUUUUUUUUUUCUUUUUUCAUUCAUUUUAG